AUGGGUAUGAAUCCAGAUUCAUUUCCAGAGACAGAGAGCAAGACAAAUGUUACUAGCAAAGAAGAAGAUACCGUCAAUUACGUAUAUAGGCGUCGUUUGACUAUGGGAGUUACGAGCAGUGUUAUCGACACUACUCAACAACUUGCUAAAUCUCAAUACGAGUAUAGUCACCAACAAACUGCACCAACCUUACAACGAGAAUUACUCGGUCGUGUCGCAUCUUUGAUGCUUGGAUAUGGAUAUCCUUAUCAUCCUGAUGCUCGUCCUUCAUCAAAGUGGUAUCUCUCACCGAGAGUGAUUGUCCAAUUUCUAUUAGCCAACGAAGAUAUUUUUGUAGGUGAUAAAAACAUGCCAAACUCUCUUGAAGAUUGGAACGCUUUACUUGAUCCUCGGAUGUUGGAAUCGCCGAUUGUCAAACGCAUCCUUUUCUUGUGCAACCCUACCGAAAACGAUGAUUACGAUCCUAGAACAGUGUCUCAUUGUAUCAAACAACUUGAAAGGAGCAAACCUAGCGAUAUGGAUGAAUAUAUAAUCGAGCUUCUUGCCAGUGACCGGUUUAACUGGCAACCUGAUCAAGAGAACCUAUAUAUAAAAGUGGAUCAUUUAAAAAAUGAUAUAGUCAAAUUUAGUAAAUGGCAUGAUUAUAUCGAAGCAUACAAAAAAGUUGCAGAACCGGUUUUGCUACGUAAUGAGGACCUAGAACCCGAAAUAAAUUUUGAAGAGAAGGAAGUAAUUACUGAGCUUGAUGUCUAUGAAGACAAUGAAAUUUAA